CCUGCCCGCCUUCCCGACGCCCUCGGGACGCGCUCGGGCCGGUGAGACCACCGCUGGCUGCCCGCCCGGCCAUGGCUGCCACCGAUGACGCGCGGCGCCGGCACAGAUGUCCCGCUUGUACGGUGCGUGAAGCUGUCCGAGGCCAGGCGGUUUCAGGACUCCUGGUCCUGGCACUGCUGCGAGAGACACUUCCGAUGGCGGCCGGAGGGGCAGCGAUUGUUGGUCGGAGCCCUGACGGUCCUCUCUACGCUGUUUCAGUCUCACAUGGCAUCAAAACUUGCAUCCAUGCCCUCACAAGUAUCCAGUGGUGAACAGAGAAAAAGAGAAACUAUUCGUUCCUUGACUAUGUGUGGUCAUGUUGGUUUUGAGAGUUUGCCUGAUCAGCUUGUCAAUAGAUCCAUUCAGCAAGGCUUCUGCUUCAACAUCCUCUGUGUGGGAGAGACUGGAAUUGGAAAAUCAACACUGAUUAAUACACUGUUUAAUACUAAUUUUGAAGAACAUGAAUGCUCACAUUUUUGCCCCGAUGUUAAACUUAAAGCUCAGACAUAUGAACUCCAGGAAAGUAAUGUUCGGUUAAAACUGACCAUUGUGAAUACAGUGGGAUUUGGUGACCAAGUAAAUAAAGAAGAAAGCUACCAACCCAUUGUUGACUACAUAAAUGCUCAGUUUGAAGCCUAUCUCCAAGAAGAACUGAAGAUCAAGCGCUCUCUCUUCAACUACCAUGAUUCUCGAAUCCACGUGUGCCUCUACUUCAUCACCCCCACAGGCCACUCUCUGAAGACACUCGACCUCUUAACCAUGAAGAGCCUGGACAGCAAGGUGAAUAUUAUACCAGUGAUUGCCAAAGCCGAUACAAUUUCUAAAACAGAAUUACAGAAGUUUAAGGUGAAGCUCAUGAGUGAGUUGGUCAGUAAUGGUGUCCAGAUAUACCAGUUCCCAACUGAUGAUGAGACCAUUGCCAAAAUCAGUGCUGCAAUGAAUGAACAUUUGCCGUUUGCUGUUGUGGGAAGUAUGGAUGAGGUAAAAGUUGGAAAUAAGAUGGUCAAAGCUCGCCAGUACCCUUGGGGUAUUGUACAAGUGGAGAAUGAAAACCACUGUGACUUUGUGAAGCUGCGGGAAAUGCUCAUCUGCAUGAACAUGGAGGACCUGCGGGAACAGACGCACACCAGACACUACGAGCUGUAUCGGCGUAGUAAACUGGAGGAGAUGGGCUUUACAGAUGUUGGCCCUGAGAACAAGCCCGUCAGUCUUCAAGAGACCUAUGAAGCCAAAAGACAUGAAUUCCAUGGUGAGCGUCAGAGGAAGGAAGAGGAAAUGAAGCAGAUGUUUGUACAGCGAGUAAAGGAGAAAGAAGCCAUAUUGAAAGAAGCUGAGAGAGAGCUGCAAGCCAAAUUCGAGCACCUUAAACGAGUUCACCAAGAAGAGAAAAUAAAACUUGAAGAAAAGAGAAGAGUUUUGGAAGAAGAAAUAAUUGCUUUCUCUAAAAAGAAGGCUGCCUCUGAGAUACUCCAGAACCAGUCCUUUCUGGCAUCAGGUAUAGGCAUGAAGAAGGACAAGGACCGUAAGAACUCCAAUUUUAUGUAAUACAGGAGUACCAGAGUGCAAAAGGCCAUCACAAGCAAGAGUUGUUUUUAUUUGUCACCACUGAUUCUAUAUAUCUGGCAGAUGGACAUAGUUACUGACAUUUAUGGUAAAAUAUUUUCAAAUAUAAGGCCAAUACGUAAGCCAGAGUGGAUGAUACUACUUAUAUAUUCACUAUUGUUAGAAAUCUCUAAGUUGCUAUUUUUUGAUAAAUCUAGAUGUCUUCUCCUGCUGCCAGAUUCUUGUUUUUUUGCAUGCAUUAUACCAAAGAGCAAGACUUAGUGCCGCUGAAAAUGCAGAAUACCUUCACAUUAUGACUGAUUGCAUUUAUAUUCCAAGAUGAACCUUCUUUGUGAUACACUAAACAAAAAAAUUGGAGGAAUACAUUUUGAAAUGGAUUAUAGCUAAACUCUAGCCUCUCAGAUGUUUUAUAGAACUAAGUUUUUACACAAUUGAUAAGUAGCAUCCUAGGCUUCUGUGUCAAAUCAUAUAACAUGAUAACCACUUUUAUGCUUCAGUAUGCCUUGUCGUGGUCAACAUACUGCUGCAGUAAAACAAAAUAUGUUCAAGAGCUUAAAACCUCCAAGUCUAUAGGCCCUUUUAUUUCCAUUAGUCUUUCUUACAUACUUAUUUAAAACUAUCUUGGAGGAGGAAAAUAAGUUGAAUCAUUUGUAUUAAAAGUAUUUCUUAAGAAAUUAACUAUGAACAUUUUAAUGUUAAAUAUACAAAAGGUCUGAUAAGUCAUGUUUCAGGGAAUAUUUGUAUUCAGUGCCUUAGCAUUCACAGAGUAUCUUAAUGGAUUUUAACAGUCACAGAUUUAUAAAUUUUCAUUUUUUUAUACUUGGGUAUUCUAAAUAAAACUGAUACUCUUGAGAAAAUA